UGUGUGUGUGUGCGGGAGAGAGAGAGAGAGAGAGAGAGGGGGUGAGUGAGUGAAUGGAAGGCUGGCUGGCUGUCUACAGUGUAAUGCCUCUACCAGUAGUAGCCCUCAUUGAGCUGACGGCCAAUUCACCGCCUUGACGCUCAAGUUCGCGGGCGCGUCACGUCCGCACUUGAACUUGAAUGUGUGUGUGUGUGUGUGUGUGUGUGUGCCGCUGUAAUGUGUGUGUGUGUGUGUGUGUGUAUGUAUGUGUGUGUGCAAUGUGUGUGUGGUAGCAGCUCCCUCUCCCUCUCUCUCUCUCUCUGACGGCGAUCCCACAAUCCAUCUCCAUCCGCCAUCUUUGCAUUAUUUCCAAUUUAUUUUCUGUCAGGGGCUCUGAUGAAGAUAUUUUUCUCUGGAGUCUCUGGCUUUCCGCUCCAGAUGUGACCGACCAUGUCUCGCCGCAAGCAAGGGAACCCUCAGCAUUUAAGUAAAAGGGAAUUUUCGCAGGCUAACCAUGUGGAGAUGGCGAGUACAGACGAGGAGGAUGCGGCGGCCAUGGUGGGUCUGGGCAGCGGAGACCGUGACCUGCUCACCUGCGGGCAGUGCCAGGCCCACUUCCCACUGGCCGAUAUCCUGGUCUUCAUCGAGCACAAGAGGAGGCAGUGCAACGCCACGGCCGUCUGCUUCGACAAGGCACUGGAUAAACGUAGCCCAUCGCCCCCUCACACAGAGCCCCGGAGGGUGUCCGAACCCGUCGAGAUUGGCAUCCAGGUCACCCCUGAGGAAGAUGACCGUCUGCUAACGCCUACGAAAGGAAUUUGCCCCAAGCAGGAACACCUUGCUGGAGGCAAAGACGAGCCUUCAAGCUACAUUUGCACAACUUGCAAGCAGCCUUUCAUGAGCGCCUGGUUCCUGCUCCAACACGCACAGAACACGCACGGAUUCCGCAUUUACUUGGAGACCCACCCGUCCAACAGCCCCCUAACUCCACGGAUUGGCCUUCCUCCAUCGCUGGGCCCAGACCCCAUCUCGCAGUCGCCUCUCACCACCUUCCUGGGCGAGAACAACCCUUUCAACCUGCUGCGGAUGACGGGGCCCAUCCUCCAGGAGCACCCGGGCUUCGGCGACGGACGCCUGCCCAACACUCCCCCCAUCUUCAGCCCGCCCCCUCGGCAUCACCUAGACCCUCAUCGCUUGGACCGCCUUAGUGCCGACGAAAUGGGCUUGGUAUCCCAGCAUCACAGUGCCUUCGACAGAGUAAUGCGUUUAAACCACCCGCUGGGCAUCGAGUCUCAGACCAUGGACUUCUCCAGGAGGCUCCGGGAACUGGCAGGGAACAACAGUUCCACGCCGCCCCUGUCGCCCAGCCGCCACAACCCUAUGCACCGCCUGCUCCAGCCCUUCCAGCCCAGCCCCAAGUCGCCCUUCCUGAGCACCCCCCCGCUGCCGCCCAUGCCACCCAGCAGCACCACCCCGCCGCAGUCUCAAGCCAAGACCAAGUCGUGCGAGUUCUGCGGCAAGACCUUCAAGUUCCAGAGCAACCUGAUCGUCCACAGGCGAAGCCACACUGGCGAGAAGCCCUACAAGUGCCAGCUGUGCGACCACGCCUGCUCGCAGGCCAGCAAGCUGAAGCGCCACAUGAAGACCCACGUGCACAAGAUGGCGGGCAGGUCGGACGACGGCUUGUCCGCCACCAGCUCGCCGGAGCCGGGCACCAGCGAGCACGCCGGCGGCGAGGGCUGCGGCCUCAAGGCAGGCGGCGGCGGCUCCGGCUUCAUGAACGAGAACGAAGAGGAGGAGGAGGAGGAGGAGGAAGAGGAGGAGGAAGAGCUGGAGAACGAGAGCCGGCCCGAGUCGAGCUUCAGCAUGGACUCGGAGCUGAGCCGCAACCGGGAGAAUGGCUUCAAGCUGCCGGUCAACGACAAGCAGCAGCAGCACUGCGUGCUGGGCAAGGUGAUGGAGAACGUGGGCCUCCGCGCCAUCCAGCACUACGGCGACGUGCAGAAGCGCGCCAUCUUCUCCAAGCGCUCGUCCGACGGCCAGAGGGACACGGGCGACGAAGACUCGGUGGCCGGCGAGAUGGAGAGGCCCGGCGAGGAGGGCGCGGUCAACGGACGAGGCUUCGGGCCGCCCCCCGAGGCCUUCCCCAUGCUGCUGCCCCGGAAGCCUCCGCUCAUCGCCAGCCCCUCCCCUUCCUCCAUCGCCUCGGCCAAGAGGAUCAAGAUGGAGAAAGACCUGGACCUGUCCUCCGCCACGCCCUUGAUCCCCUCAGAGAACGUUUACUCGCAGUGGCUGGUGGGCUACGCGGCCUCCCGGCACUUCAUGAAAGAUCCUUUCCUGGGUUUCGGCGACUCCAGGCAGUCGCCCUUCGGCACCUCGUCGGAGCAUUCGUCGGAGAACGGCAGCCUGAGGUUCUCCACUCCGCCCGGUGACAUGCUGGACGGCGGCCUGUCGGGGAGAAGCGGGACGGCGAGCAGCGGCAGCACCCCCCACAUGGGGUCGGGAUCGUGCCCGGGCCCCGGGCGGCCGAGCUCGAAGGAAGGCCGACGGAGCGACACCUGCGAGUACUGCGGCAAAGUGUUCAAAAACUGCAGCAACUUGACAGUGCACCGCCGGAGCCACACGGGCGAGAGGCCUUACAAGUGCGAGCUCUGCAACUAUGCCUGCGCCCAGAGCAGCAAGCUGACCCGCCACAUGAAAACGCACGGCCAGAUCGGCAAGGAGGUUUACAGGUGCGACAUUUGUCAAAUGCCCUUCAGCGUUUACAGCACCCUCGAGAAACACAUGAAAAAGUGGCACGGAGAACACUUGUUGACGAGUGACGUUAAAAUCGAACAAGCAGAAAGAAGCUAAAGCUCCUUGCAAGUUUUUUUUUUAGAAAUUAUAUAAGGCAAAAAAAACACACACACACACACACACACACACACACACACACACACACACACACACACAAACAAACCACACAAAAAAAAGAGGACUUGGUUAUAUAAUAAAACACACAAAACACACACACACACACACAUACACGCACAAAAAAAACCUUUUUUUUUUCAAUUGUAAAAGCUUAAUUAAUUGCCAACUGAGAAAAAAGUCAGCCCCGAGUGCCUCCUGUGGCACUUAAUUUUCAAGGUAUAAUUUGUGUCUGAGAAGCUCAAUCAAAUCAGAGGGUGAUAUAGAGGCAGUAAAAUAAUGUUGAGCCUUUUCUACUGUGCAAUAAUUUCUGUAUUUAUUUGUUUUAAAUAUUUUUUCAAGUAUCAUGUGCAGGUACUUUUUCUUUUAUUUUUUCGUUCUUUGUUUAGAUUUUUUUUUAGGGUAUCCCUUUUGAUUUUACCCUCUUUUUUAAGGAAAAAAAACGGAAACCUGAGAUUAUUUGCAUUUUGAAGAUGCAGAUCUGUAGAAAUAACCCUUCUCUGGGGCCGCUGCUUAUUUGGAAUUGAAUAGUUAACACAGUAAUUUCUUGGAUAGAAGCCGCGUUUGUUGAUUCUUUUAAUUUUUCUUUUGGUUUCAUCAAGGGAGGGGUUUGUUUGGGGGUGAGACAGAUUGGAUUUGCACAAAAGAAAAAUCAUUUAUAAAAGAUAAAAAAUGGUUUCUGUUUUAAAAGAAGGGAGAUGCAUCAGCGGAUCACAAUCCUAAUCGUAGCACUUAACUAGUCGUUUGAAAAAAAACUGGGGUUCGAAAUGUAGCACAGAUCUUGCCAUCCACUGGAGUCUGGAACUGCCGCUGCCAAUUUUCGCCAAUGACCCUUGGCUAAAACUAAACCGAGUUGAAUGAGGAUGAAAGAAAAGGAGCAGGCAGAUGAGAGAGGCAACUUUCUCUCUCGUGCCCAAUGAUACCGGCCAGAAACUUAACCUAAGCAAUAACGGUCUUUCAGUUUGUGUUACUAACUAGUGAGUAAAAUGCAUAGCAAACGUAAAUCGAGCAAAGUCAGAAGUGCAUUAUUGCCAAUGCCUAUCGAAACAUCUGUGCUUGAUUGUAUGCGAUAAGCAUUAUUGCAGAAAUGCACAAGUAUUUUGCCAACAGGAGAUGGAUGGUGUUUGGCCAUUGUGUUUUAAAGAGCUAAAUUUGUACCUGAGAUAUUUCCUUUUUUUGAACCCGCACCUUAACAUAUUUGUUUUUUUAAUUAUAGAAACUGCGACUUCUGAACAAGAAAAACUAUGGGAAAUCUAUGGUCCAAAAAGGGUUAUGAUAUACAUUAGGGAACAACUGAGAUUAAAGUGUCAGUGUUGCUUAGAGUAGCAUUCACAAUACUGGCACUAUAUUAAAAAAAUGUUAAUGUCAGUUGACAGUUUUUAUACUGCCAUUCAAUUUGACAUGAGUGCCUUGAAUAUUUGAUCUUCCUAAUGAGUCUCUGAGACAAAUGCAAAACCACUUUUUGUGAAGUUUAAAACAAAAGUACUGAUUUGAAGAAGAGAGGACAAAAAUCACACAACAAAGAGAAAGAUGUACGUCAUUAGAUUCUAGAGUUCAACAUGCACCAACAAUCCAGAAUUUAUAGACAAACAAAAUAAAAACAAUCAGCGGAUCUUCACGCCAGUCGCUACAAGUUGGUGAAGAUGUGGCAUCAUCCCUUGCCCCCCAGUUAACCCAAUAACCCCCACCCCACCCAGCUAAUCAACUACGGAAACCGGUCUGUCGUUCUAUGCUCAUCAAUUGAUACUGCAGGACGCUGCUUAAACUGUGGGGAGCCCACUGUAGCAAAGCUCAAUAGUAAAAUAAACGAUGCCUCCAGAAUCCCAACAAGAACAUAAAGACAGUUACUCAUCAGGAACAAUGGCUACUCCUUAUUUUUUUUUUGGUUCUGAACAGAAUUUAGUGCACUCAGUCUCGAAUAAGUUUACAGUAUUGAAUAUCUACAAGAGUGGAAAAAAAAACAAAAAAAAAAAAUAUUGUGUGUGCGUGCGUGCGUGUUUGUUGAAUGAUCAAGAGGUUUUUUUUCCGAAGUUUGCUUCGUAAAUACAUGGGUGCCAUUAUGGCCAUGUGUAUAUUGGUUAUCUGAAUCAACUGGUGACGGGGUUUAAUAUAUAUAUUACAGUUUCUUGAUCACUGUAAAAGUGUACCAGUAUUUGUAAUAAUGGAGAAUGCCUGGGCAUUUUACAAAAUGGAGAGGAAAAAAAAAACAAAAAAAAAAAAAUUUUUUUUUUUUUUUUCAAAAAUGGAAAUUGUUGCAGUAAAUUUGUGGGUCUAAAAUUGUUCUUGUCACUGUAAUUGUAAAGUCUAAUUGACUAUCAGUUUUAGUAGACUUUUUUGCCUUGAGUGUUUUAUCUUUUUUCAAAAAUUGUAUAGAACUUGUAUUGGGAAGGACGAUUACUGCUACCAUAUGUAGGCAAGAAAAAAAAUUAGUAGAAGAGUGCAUAUUCAUGUAAUUGCUUUGCUUAAAAUCACAUUCCUGACCUGUACUUUUUCCCUCUGUUUCUCUGGAAUGGUUACUUGGUAUUGGUUCAUAAUAGCGUAGGCACUUGCUGUAUUUAUACAGGAGCUUGUAUUUUUUAACUGUUUGCUUGUCCUUUUAAAGGUACAACAAAAAAGAAAA